CACUGAUGCACACUGAUAGGCGGCACUGACUGGCACUGAUAGGUGGCACUGAUUGGCAGCACUGAAAGGUGGCACUGACUGGCCUUGAUAGGUAGCACUGACUGGCACAGAUAGGUGGCACUGAAAGGCAGCUCAGAUGGGCACUGAUAUGUGGCAUUGAUGUGGCACUAAUGGGCACUGAUGUGGCACUGGCAGGUGGCAUGGAUGAGCACAGAGCUGGCACUGAUGGACACUGACAGGUGGCGCUGCUGGGGCUACACAGAUCAUCAGGGCACACUGAUCAUCACUGAUCACAUGACCGAGCCGACAUCUUCGGCUCUUUCCGUGGAUCGGUGAUCCACUGUGUCCGAGGGACA